CCUCACCAGGCACAGCUAAUGUAUGAACGCUUGUCGUUUAUUCAAUCAGACAAUGAAAAUGGUACAAAUCUGAGUGCAGUCUGUCCUUCUCCUUCACUCCUUCAAUGUUUUUUGUUAAUUUUUACCCUCCCUGCUCUGGGUUUUUGGUGGGUGUACCGUAAGCUGUGACUCAGAAGAGAAGCAGGAAGUGUUUUGUGCUCAAAUACCUCUCCUCCUUAACUAAAUCUCUUCCUUUGUUUUUCUUCAACUUGAGAAAAGGUCUUCAGUGGUAUUAACUCCAGCGAGAAUGCUCCGUUUCCAGGCUGCUCCAGAUCAGUUCGGGCCCGAGGUGAGGGAGCUGGGUGUGCACUGCUGGAGGGUGGAGAAGCUGAAGGCCGUGCCGCUGGCUGCGUCUGAAGUCGGCGCUUUCUAUAAUGGAGAUUCUUACCUGGUGCUGCAGAACAGAGGAGAUGAAGGAGCCGAUUUGCACAUGUGGAUCGGUGAGAAAUCUUCUCGUGAUGAACAGGUCGCUUGUGCCAUGUUGGCCACCCAGCUGGAUAGCUUCCUGGGUGGAGAACCUGUCCAGCACAGACAGGCGCAGGGCUACGAGUCACCUGAGUUCAUGAGUCUUUUUCCCAGGGGAAUUAGUUAUAAGGAAGGAGGAGUGGAGUCAGGUUUUAGGAAACAGCAGUCUGGUUCUGGUCCGGUUCAGAGGUUGUAUCACAUUAAGGGGAAAAAGAACAUCAGGGCAAAGGAGGUGGAGCUGAACUGGUCCAGCUUUAAUAAAGGAGAUUGCUUCAUCCUUGACCUAGGAGAGACGAUCGUGUCAUGGGUCGGCUCUCAGGCCAACAUAUUUGAGAAGCAGAAGGUGCGAGAGAUCGCCACUCUCAUUAGAGACACCGAGAGACACGGCAAAGCGCAAAUCACUCACAUCGGUGAGGGAGAGGAGACGCCCGAGAUGCUGAAGAUUCUUGGUCCAAUGCCGGCGCUAAAAGAGAGCAGUCCAGAGGACGACAGCCAAGCAGACGUGUCGAACGCAGCCUCUCUCUAUAAGGUUUCAGAUGCAACAGGGUCAAUGAAACUGACCAAAGUCUCGGAAAAGAAUCCGUUUGCCAAGGACCUGCUCGUACGUGACGACUGCUUCAUCUUAGACAAUGGAGCAAACGGCAAGAUCUUUGUUUGGAAAGGCAGUGGUGCUAAUGCUGAAGAGAAAAAAGCAGCUCUGAAGGUUGCAGAUGAUUUUAUAGAGAAGAUGAACUACCCCAAGAUGAAAACGCAGGUGGAGAUCAUACCACAGGGCCGAGAGACCGUCAUGUUCAAGCAAUUCUUCCAGAACUGGAAUUAAAAUGUUCAAAAUGAUAUGACUCGGUUUAUUGAAAUGUCCUGGGAAAAAAAAAAUCCUUAAUGUCACAGUGACUCAAGCAGUAUUUUAUAACGGAAAUAAAUAAAUAAAUAAAUUACCAUUUCAUUCUCACAGACUUACAAAUAUACAGUAAUAGUUUUUUUUUAAAGUAUUAGAUAUGUAUACGAUAUGUUUCAUGGAUUUCUAAAAGUAUAUUCUGAAGUCGAGUUGAAUUUAUUUUAUUUUAUUUUUAAAUUUUCUACAAGACCAAACUCACUCAUGAACAAAACAAACUGCCAGUGAUGAGAUCGGUGUUAUUUACCAGUAUUCAGGCCAAUAUGCUGUUUAACAAAGAUACUAAACUGUCUUUUUUUACAUGUUUUGUUUGUUAAUAACAAAUCAUUUACUGUGCUAAAUUGGCAGCAAAGCAAUAAAUGCCACAGUGGAGCAAAA